UCGAAAAAGUUGGAAAACUCUCCGUCUCUCACGGCGUCGGCGCCGGUGUGUGUCGCCUUCUAAGGUUUUGCGUCUGUAUAAAAGGAAUAGGGGCGGAGCUGAGCGUCGCCGACGUUGCUGUCAUCGAUCGGUUAGGGAGAAGGAGAGAGGAAAAAGAAAGCGUACCAAUCCAGGGAAGGGAGAAGUGCUGCUUGAUAUCAAAUAACCCCCCCCCCUCCCCCUCUUUCCCAUCCGUUCCCUCUGUUACGCUCAUCCCAGCUUGAGUAGACGGGGGGAGAGAAAAGAAUAUGAAAAGUAGAGACCGCCACCAUCGACCUGAAAUCGCCUGGUGCCGUUCCAUCGUUGCGGAUCCCACCAUCGCAGCGGAAUCGGCGCAGCAGAGACAAACGGCUCGCCUCCGCCCCUCAACAAUACAGUUCACCCUGGCAAUAGAAAAUCUACUUAUUGUUUCGAGCUCGGCAUACUCCUACCAUCAGUUUGCGAGUUCCGGCGGUCAAAAAGCACACGCACGACAUUUCGCUAGGAAUUUGCGAAAACCUUUCGUCUGAAAAACAAAACUUGCCCAUCGGAAGAAAUUGGGACCACAACUGACGGAAAUUCUAGUGCCGGCCUUUCAGUCUGCUAUCAACAUUUACACGACACGUAAUAAUCGGGUGCGUCGUGUGCCGCCAUGUUGUCGUGCCGACCGUGAACCCCCUCCACCAAUGGUCUGCUGCCAUACUUUUUCUUGGAUUUCAUCAAACUUCGAUUCUCCUUCAGCGUAACGAGAAGAAAAUCUGAAUCUCUCUCAUCGUUCUCAACAGUUAACUACUAAAAUAUUGAAGAAAUUAUACGCCUUCAUGGAUCAUCAGGAUAUCGGAUGGCCGGUGUUCCGGUGAUGCCGGCGGACCACGUUCGAUUCCAAUGCAGCUGGUUUGGACAUUGGGAGAAAGAUGACGUCUGAUUAGCCAAUCGAAUGGUCUUGGCUGGCCAUCACCAUUCGUUGUGUCAUCGCCAUCAUCAAUCGCGUUUCGAAUUGAUUCACGGCCGUCGAAAGGACGACAAAUAUUAUUGUGACGACUACGUGCUGCUGGGCAACCGACUCGUCCAGCAGCGAGCCGCUACAAGUUGCGGCAAGAGCAGCCGGAACGCAUCACUGGCAACCAGCGAACGCGACGACUGGAGGAAGAAGAAAGGACAGGACGAGAAGACCGCCAUGCUCUGCUGCGGAAGGAAAAAGGAUGGGCACAAGGAGCAUCCGGUGGAGAUGGCGGCCAGUCCGCGCCGCCAAGGAGCCAACGCGCCGGCAUCGGAGCCAGUUGCAGGCUCGUCCGCUGGUCCUGCCCCCGGAAAUCCGUCAUCUCAUUACCAAACGACUGUAGGCACAUCGGCAGGAGGUGGCAUGCAUCCACUUUCAUCCGUCGCCGCAGGCACCCUGGGAACGGACCAUCGGCUAGCUCCUCAUUCCUCGCCGGCCACCGGACUCCGCUCCAUGGUCGUCCAGAGUGACUUUCGCAAGGUGAGCGGCAUAUCGACCGAGAUCUUCCGCCAAAUCGAAACGGUGGAAAACGACCAUCACGAUGCGACGACGGCCGCCGCGCUCGAAGCCGUCGAACGACGCGGUGAAAUGCUCGUUCGCGUUCUCGAUCCGCGACAAAUGGGCAGAACGGCAUCCGAAGCCGCACGCUCUUUCCUCACCGUCCAAGACCCCAAGUACUCUGUACACUUUGUGGAGAUCGUGAAGCGGCCGGGCCAAACGCUGGGACUUUACAUCCGCGAGGGUAACGGCAUCGAUCGAUCCGACGGCGUCUUCAUCUCCCGCAUCGCCCUGGAGAGCUCCGUCUACAACUCUGGAUGUCUCAGGGUGGGAGACGAAAUUCUGGCCAUCAACUUGGUGGACGUGACGCGGAUGAGCCUGGACGACGUCGUCAUCGUCAUGUCGAUCCCGCGCCGGCUGGUGCUGACGACCAGGCAGCGAAGAGGUCCGGCCGGAGCCGUUUCGCCGCCUCCGCCACGACCGGAGCAGAAACCGCCUCCCGUCGUCGUCCUCAAAAGAGGAGUCCAGCCGGAAGAGCCGCCCGAUAAUGAUUCAACGAGCAAUUCAAACAGUAACAAUGGAGAUCGCUUCCAGCAGUAUCCGUAUUCCGGAGGACUCGGACCUUCCAGGUUCUUGACGACUGGCAAACCGUUGCCCGGCAUGGCAGAUUUACCCAUUCACGGCACCUUCCCGCGUGGCAACCGUGAAAGAACGGAACAACAGCAACGCGAUAUGUUCCGAGAACGCGAGGCGGGAAGGUAUCCCGAGAGAGCUGGAGAUGAUUCUAUCCAUUCCAGCAUCCGUCAGCAACAACAACAACAGCAGGAUGCGAUGGAUAAUUAUUAUAGCAACUACCGAAUGCAGGAGCAGCAGGAACAACAACAACAGCAGCAGCAGCAGCAGCAGCGUUACGUGCCUGGACGACAAGGCGGGACAUUGGAACGACCCCAACAUCCCAAAAUUGGUGGUGGUAGUGGAGGUGGCGAAGAACGGGUCCACCCUUUUUAUGGACUUUCCAUCGGUCCGCCCGGCAGCGGUCCCGGAUCUCUUGGUCAGCAUCAGACGGCCACCCUUGGACGAUCGUCUACGUUAGGCAGGUCGCACCGGGUCGUGGGAUCGGGUCCAGGAUCCACCAUGUCCCUCAUGCGCGGCACCGGCAACCGUCUGACGCGCAGCGGAAGCGAUCAGAGGCUGCCCAUCGUCGAGCAGAGCAGCGGGACGGACACGUACGGCUAUGCGAGAGGGAAACUCGGAGUCGGUGGAAGCGGAUCGAAUUAUGGCACGACGGGGCGAACGCAACAGCAGCCCGAUGCCGCAACCCGGUUAGGUCUGACGCAUCGGCGCAGGACGUCCGUCGACUACGCCUCGGAUACGGAGGCCUCCAUCCGGAGUUACAGCCACUCCGCACGAAGAGGAUUCUCGGUGGAAGGGUCGUCGGGCAGCUGGAAAGCUCCUCCACCCCUUCUGGGAUUGGGUAUCACACCAACCACGCCCACUGCCGGAGGAUUCCAGCCGACGCAGCCGGAUUCGAGGUCUAACUCCCUUCCUCGUGAUCGAGCGGGAAGCGGUGCGGCUGGAUCUAGCAGCCGCUUCCGGCGUGAAGUCCAUUUCGAACAAACGAGUUCGUCGAUGACGAGGCCGUCCGUGCCGAGCAUGCUGGACAACACUGACGACAGUGACGGUGCCGUAUCGGCUCCUGAAAUGACCGUCUCGCAGAAGCAGAAACAAUUGCAAAGGCUGAGCCAACAACAACAACACCUGCAACAACAGCAAUUGCUGUACAGUCGAGGAAUCUUGCCCGGUGCGGCCGCACCGCUCUCUAGGCUGCCCGGUGGCAUUGGCAUGACGGGAAAUUUCACCGCCGCCGAAUACAAGGCCUGGAUGCAACGAGCGCCGUCUACUAGCGCCAUCUAUGAGCGAUUGCGACAAAGCCGCGAUGCCAUUGAAGCCCAUCGCAUGGCGAAAUUGACGUUCAGUGCCGAAAAUCUGGUGGAGAAAGCCAAACAGGAAAUACCGUACUACGCCUAUCGAUCGCAUUUCACAGCGACGACGAAUGUCGGAUUAUUAGACGAAAACGACCCGAUGGCGACAACGUCAUCGCUUUUAAGUCAAGGAGGCAAAAGCCUUUUGCCUGGAAGGUCGGGCCCGAGUGGCCCAAUAGCAGAAUUGCAGCCGGAAACACCCCGAGGGGGCAUUCCUCAACCUUCGCCUGCCAACCCUAACGCUGCGAGGCCCACCGAUCCGCGUUUUAAAUUAUUAGAAAUUAAUCCAGCCGAUUUCAUCAAAUAUCGAAGUGAAAGGCCGAAUGGAACGACACCUCCGGCUCAUCAAAUGGCCACGACCAAUACAGAGGGAAUGACCACACCUACGGCUGCCAGCGGAGGAGGACCAGGUCCAGCACCAGGUGGCGGAAGCGAAGAAGGUGUCAGCGGACUUUUAUGGAUUCACUUGCUGGCCGGUAGAGGCCUACGCUCGACGUCAUCGCGAUUGGAACCCGUUCGUGAUUUGUAUUGCGUGCUGGAAUGCGACCGGGCGCACAAAGCUCGGACAGUCAUCCGCUCUGGCGACAUCAAUUUUGAUUGGGACGAGACGUUCGACUUGGAUCUGGUUGUCAACCGCGAGCUGGAUUUCCUCAUCUACUCGUGGGAUCCGCAGUUGAGGCACCGACUUUGCUUCAAGGGCUCGCUCCACUUGGUGCCUCUAGUUAGGGAAUCGACCAUUCACCAGGUGGCGUUGAAAGUAGAGCCUCGAGGUACUCUGUACUUGAAACUGCGUUACACCGAGCCGAGGACGGCGUUCCGGCGAUCUCCGGCCGGCCGUAAAACUCCGCCGCCGCUGUUUGGCGUUGAUUUGGAAUCGGUGGUGAAUCGCGAAGGAGGCAACAACGGCUCGGCUACGUCUAUGCUGACGGGAGGCAACGGCGGCGUGCCCAUUCUGGUCCAGAAAUGCGUCGAAGAGGUGGAGCGGCGCGGAAUGGACAUUGUCGGCCUUUACCGGCUCUGCGGCUCGGCCACCAAGAAGCGGAUCCUGCGCGAAGCCUUUGAGCGCAACCCGCGACUCGUCGACCUGUCACCUGAUAGUGUUCCAGAUAUUAACGUCAUCACAGGUUCGUUGUGUUAGUAUCUGAGGGAACUGCCGGAGCCUCUGUUGACCAAAUGCCUUUACCAGAUGCUGGUGGAUGCCUUGGCCGUCUGCCUGCCGGACGAUCCGGAGGGCAACGCCAAGCUCAUGUUCUCCAUCCUCGAGUGCC